AUGGGAUCCAACAGUAGCAAAGCCACUUCCUCUACAACUUCUUCUUCUGCUUCAAGAAAUUUCAGGAAGAGGAGUCGCUCUAAGGCUCUCAGAGGGUUUCAUUCUUAUUGCCUUGGAACUAGUUCUGGAUCUCAAGACAGUGAUGAUGAAGACCAGAUCUGUGAUAGUAAUAAAGUAGAUGGCAGUGUUGUUACAUAUACUGAUGGCAAUCUAUCAGACUCAGAUGCGGUGAAAUCGAAAUCUCUAAGAAAGGUUAAAACUGGUGACAGUGAGAAUACUUGUAUGCCUAACAUCAAUCUUGGUGAGUGGAGUGAAACAAGGAUCCGCGACACUUCAUCUGGAAGUCGCACCAGCUCUGUGCACGCUUCUGCAACUUAUUCGUUGAAUCCAACAAGUCGAUUCCUCUCUCGACUUAGGAGAUUUACUAGUUCAAGGUCAUCAAGGCCUUGUCCGGUUUCGUCUCCAAGUUUCUCAAUAUUUGACAAUGAGGAUGAUGCAUCAGGAUCAGGUUUGCCUUGUUGCAACAUGCAGAGAAAUCCUAGUUGUGGCAUUGGUGCGAGUGACGAGUUGGAUGUGAACUUGUUUUCUUCGAGAAUUCAAGCAGAGAUGGAUACUAUUGAGACUAGGCAUAUAGAUCGACGAAAUAGAGUUCGAGAACCACUUGAACAUAAUGUUCGUUUUAGUCGAACUUUAAGUGUUGGAAGGCUUCGUGACAGAGUUCUUCGCCGAUCAACAUCAUCUAACCUUACCUCAUUCCCUCUACGACAAGAGAGAGAACUGAGAGAUGAUAGUCAGAAUACUCGAAUGCAAACAGUGGAGCCAGAUUCAAGAGUUUCACCAUCCAAUCUCUCUUCUCUCCAGCGCUAUCCGUCUUCCCUUAACCUCCUCAUCAGUACCCCUGCCUGUUUCAUCUUCUCACUCAGAACCCAUGGAAACCAAGAUCGGACAGAAUGCUGGAAUCGUUCAUUGGCAACAUCUGCAAAUAGCCAGUCCCAGACACAGGGUUUUGUCUUUGGCACUAUAAGUGGGUCUACCAUUGGUACUUUGGCACCUAAUGCUACCGGUGGGUUUGCAACUUCAACUCAGAGUCAUUUCAACUCAGAGUCAGUCUGUGGCAUUUGGUUCAUCUGCACUAUACCUCUUUCUUUAUGCAACAUUCUACUUCUUCACCAAGCUUGA